AUGGUGCCUGAUGAGGAGCAACAAAGAAGUAACUGGACGGUUAUGGAAAGCUACCUUCGUUGCAAAAUUGAAGAACUGAACGAAUCCAGCCUUGAGAAAACCUUCAAGGACAUUUUAGGAGUUAAUAUUCUGUUAGGCCAUAGGAAUCUGGUUCGGCUUAUCCUUGAGAGGCCAGAUUUGAGCAAGCAGCCGGAUUUGUACGCCGCCCUGGCUGCCAAAUUGAACUCUGUGGCUCCAGAGAUUGGGGCAACUCUCUCAAGAGAAGCAGCGGCCAUAUUCAUAGAGGCAUACAACAAUUUUGAUGACGCUAAAGCGUAUUCUAUGGUUUCUUUAUUGGCGGAAUUGUUUAACUACGAAGUUUUACAUGAGAUUGUCAUUCUCCAAGUCAUUCAUUUGCUUUCAAAAGAUCUGACCGAGCCUUCUGUUCGAAUUAUUGUACAGUUACUGUGGCAAUGUGGGAAGCAUCUUUCAGAGGUUAGCCUUACAGCACACAACAUGAUCUUCGAAAAGCUUCGACAGGUUUUGCAAGCGGGAAAAUUGUCUAACAAUGCAAAGAGCUUUCUGCAGGAACUAUUCGAUCUCAGAAGCAGGGAUUAUAUUCCAUGUUCGGCGGGUCAGCUGCUCAAAAUCGAAGAUUUGGAGCAUAACACGCACACGUUCAUGAUCGACAGCGACGAGUUCAAGCCUCUUAAAAACCUCGGAGAAUUCGAGUACCACGAAGAUUUCAUAGCUUUGGAAAGGAGAUAUGAGAUUCUUAGGGCUGAGGCACUGGCUGCUUACGAAACGGAGGAGGUCCAGAAGCCGACGGUUGCUACGGAUAUGACUGGUGAGCAAGAAGUGGAGUUCAAGAAAAGGUUCUAUUUGAUACUUAAGAGCUCACUAUCAAGUGAUGAAGCUGCCCAUAAGAUAUUAAAACUUCGUGUUCCUGACGCCGACAAGCACAGAGUCGUGGAUGUUAUUAUUAAGUCCAGCAUCCAGGAAGCGACUUAUUCGAAGUUUUAUGGCACACUCGCUGAAAGGCUUUGCUCCAGCCACAAAUCAUGGAAGCCCGCUUUUGAACUAGUGUUCAAAUCUAACUAUCAGAACUCCGAAGAAUUCGAGCCGGCUCAACUUCGAACUUUGGGGAAAUUGUGGGGUCACAUCUUGGCUUCGGAUUACGUUGGGCUCGAAGUGUUUGAGAACGUUCAUAUGAGUGAGGAUGGAACUACCGCGCCUGGUAGGAUCUUUCUAAAGUUUAUCUUCCAAGAAAUGGUUGCAAGUUUAGGCAUCGAUGAGCUGGCGAAUAGAUUCAAAGAGGAAUACAUCCAACCAUUCCUUGUUAAUCUAUUUCCGAAAGAAGACACUGAUAACAUAAGGUACUCAAUCAACUAUUUUACCGCGAUUGGUUUGGGUGUUCUGACCGAGGAUAUGCGACAGCGCUUAGAUAUCUUACAGGCGGAAGUACAAAAGAUUCGAAAAGACCGUGAUGGCGAACAAACACAAGUGUCACAGCAAGUAGACUCCCGCUAUCGCUCCAGUGAACGCCGCAGUCGUCGAGAUAGAUCGGUCACACCUCCAAGAAGACAGCGGAGAGCUUCUGUGACACCGCCUAAAAGAAGAUAUCGCUCUAGAAGUCCCAUAUCCAGGCACCGUUGA